AUGACUGUGAGGUGGCAUGAUGAUGGUGAAAGCAGGGGAAGGCAUUUGCAUCAAGAACACAGAGAGCUGCAGUGUUACAGAGUAAAUAUUAGCUGAUUUGAAGGCAGGUAGCAGAGAAUAUCACAGGAUUUUAUUCAUCAAAGCCAGAUUCAAGUUUAGGGAAAGGAUACCAAGGAGCUUAAUGGAGUCUCCAGUGGGGUUCAUCCUAUUCUUGGCUGCAGUAACCUUCACAGAUGUGACACGCAGUCAGACAUUAUAUGCCUCUGAGAACCCCGUCGCAGUGGGAAACAAUGUUACACUUAGCAGCAAUCGCAAUAUCACCUCAGGCGGAUGGCUAUUCAACACCCGCCAAAUUGUGAUAAAACUAAAUGAGUAUUUUGCUAUUUCCAAAACUUGGAAAGACAGAGUAUUAUUUAACCCAAAUACUUCAUCACUGACCAUACUCUCAGUAAAAUUGGAAGACUCUGGAAACUACACACUGCAGGAUGUAAUCAAUGAAUUUUUUUCUCAGUUAACACUUUCAGUUGAAGAGUCUGUUUACAAUGUGACCAUUCAGACAAGCACAACCAACCUGGUGGAGUUCAAUGACACAGCAGUACUUAUGUGCGGUGUGUCCAAAGGCACAUCCCUGUCUUAUCAGUGGUUCAAUGGGAGCUCAAUGAUCACGGCCAAUGAAAAAGUUCAACUCAGCAGUGGAAACACCAUUCUCACUAUCAUGAACGUGACCCGCUAUGAUCAAGGACCGUACAUGUGUAAUGUGUCUAAUAAUGUCAGCAAUGACAUCAGCGCCCCUGUGAAUCUGAACAUCAACUAUGGUCCAAGUAACGCAAAGAUGACAGUCAUGCCCGUAAGCAGCAUAUACAAAGGCGGAUCUACUAUCACACUGUCAUGCUCAGCGGACUCCAGUCCUCCAGCAAUGAUCACUUGGAUGAUUGAUGGAGUGUACCAAACAAACACAUCAAGUAUUGAACUACAGGACGUUACUGAGAGCGAUUCGGGAAAUUACACAUGUCUAAUUCAGAAUACAGUCACGCUGAGAUUCAGCAGCAAAACGACAGCAAUCCAGAUUGUGGAUCCUGUGACAGCAGUAGCGGUGAAUCUUUCCCAUCCAGCAUCACUUGGUGAGACGUUCUCUUUGAGCUGUGAAGUGACGGGAGCUGUUGACAUCAUUUUUUGGUGGAGAAAUGGAGAAAUCCUUAUUUCUGCUGACAAUAACAACACAGCGUUUAGCCCGGACAACAAGACACUCACUAUAACUUCAGCCCAACAUUCAGAUGGUGGAAAUUAUCAAUGUCAGGCUUUCAAUGCUGUAAGCAACCAAACCAGCCAUCGCUUCACAGUCACAGUUUACUAUGGACCAGAGAUAGCAAAUGUCAUGGGGCCAAAUUUGGCAAAGGCAGGAGACUACGCCACAUUCACCUGCAAUGCAACAUCUAAUCCUCCCAGCAGGUAUGAAUGGUACUUUGGAAAUGAUCUGGUCUCCAACAAGUCAGAGUAUGUCACACAGUCUCUGACAACCAGCAUGAGUGGAAAGUACCUCUGUGUGGCCUUCAACAGCAUCAGUGGCAAAAACAGCACUGCCGACAUAAUCCUUACUGUUGUCGAGCCGCUGCAAAACAUAAUAGUAGAAGCACCAAUGAUGCCUGCCGAAGAAGGUUACUCCUAUAACUUAACAUGCAACACGGAUGUACCUGCUGAUUACAUUUACUGGAUGAAGAAUGAGGAGCCAUUGAAUCAAAACAACAAAAUAGUUUUCUACAAUGAUAACAAAACACUUCACAUCAGAAUGGUGGAGCGCUAUGAUAAUGCCAAAUAUGAGUGUAUCGCCAUUAAUGCAGUUUCAAAGAACAUGAGCACUCCUUACAUGCUCUUUGUCAACUAUGGACCAGAAACACCUUUUGUUUAUGGGCCAGCUUUUGCUGAAACAGGACAUCAAGCUGUCUUCAACUGUUCUGCCGAGUCAGUGCCUCCCAGUACAUUCUACUGGUGGUUCAAUGGAUCCAUCGUGGCCAAUACAUCAAACUAUACAACUGAUGUGUUGUCAUUAAGCAUGAGCGGAGAGUACAAAUGCAUGGCCAUUAAUAAUGUGACAGGAAAGAACAGCACAAACUCCACGACACUCACCGUGAUUGAGGCCAUAGAGUCAGUGAUGAUCAAAAACACGACAAUUCCAAUCGACACUAAAAACUUUACUCUCACCUGUAAGGUUGUUGGGCCCUAUGACACGAUCUACUGGAUGAAAGAUAACAUGAUGCUCAACAUGGACCCCUCUAAUGACUCACAUAUCUCCUAUUACAUUGAAAACAACAUGCUGCACUUCAUCCCAGUGACAACGUACAAUGACGGGAUAUAUCAGUGUGUUGCUUCCAAUAAGGCUGGCCAGCAAAACAGCCAACAGUACAGACUACUGGUGAAUUAUCCAAUCCAAAAUGUAAAAUUAAAUGGACCAGUGACCUCUGUCAAAGAAGGUUACGCCUAUAAUUUGACAUGCAAUGUAACUGGACCUGCUGACUACAUUUACUGGAUGAAGAAUGGGCAGAGACUGCAUGAAGACAACAGAACUUUUUUCCACAAGGAUAACCAGACAGUUGAGAUUAAUCCAGUAAAGCGAUAUGACACUGGAAGCUACUACUGUUUGGCUAUUAAUGCUGCUGGAACCAUGUCCAGCGCUCUUUACAUGCUCGUUGUGAUCUAUCCAAUAGAAAAUGUGGAAGUAAAAGCACCAAUGACACCAGCCAUAGAAGGUUAUUCAUAUAACUUAACAUGCAAUGUAACUGGACCUGCUGAAUACAUUUACUGGAUGAAGAAUGGGGAGAAACUGCAUGAUGACAACAGAACUGUUUUCUACAUGGAAAAUAAGAUGCUCCACCUCAGUAUGGUGGAGCGCUAUGAUAAUGGAAACUAUUGCUGUAUGGCUAUUAAUGCUUUUGGAAACAUGACCAGCCCUACUUAUAACCUCAUUGUCAAUUAUGGUCCAGAAAAGCCCAUUAUUUAUGGGCCAGCUUUUGCUGAAAUAGGACGUCAAGCCGUCUUCAGCUGUUCUGCCAUGUCAGUGCCUCCCAGCCAAUUCUUCUGGUGGUUCAACGGAUCAAUUGUGUCCAACACGUCAGUGUACACAACUAGCCUCUUGUCUUCCAACAUGAGCAGAGAAUACACCUGUAUGGCCAUUAAUAAUGUGACAGGAAAGAACAGCACAAACUCCACUACGCUCACAGUUGUUGAGGCCAUAGAGUCAGUGAUGAUCAAAAACAAGACAAUUCCAAUCGACACUAAAAACUUUACUCUCACCUGUGAGGUUGUUGGGCCCUAUGACACGAUCUACUGGAUGAAAGAUAACAUGAUGCUCAGCAUGGACCCCUCUAAUAACUCAUAUGUGUCCUAUGCUACUGAAAACAACAUGCUGCAUUUCACCCCAGUGACACUGGACAGUGAUGGGACAUAUCAGUGUGUUGCUACCAAUAAGGCUGGGGAUCAUGUGAGCCCCCAGUACAGACUGUGGGUGAACUAUGGCCCACUGGGACUGACCAUAUCCCGUGCAAGUAUGUUCAUGUACGUGUCCCUGACAUGCCAGGCUGAUUCUCGACCAGCGUGUGACUUCUCCUGGUUCUUCGACAAUCAGUCAACACCUCUACAGAACACACCUAGUAUUGUAUUCCCUGCAACCAGCCAGAAUUUUGGGAUUUACACAUGCAAGGCAUGGAACUCCGUGACUAAUAUCACAAUGUACCAAAAUCUUAACGUCACAGCUCACGCCCCUGCCAUCCACUUCCCAUACCAAGGCAGCCUGAUGAUGAUGGUUCUGUUUGCCUUUUCUGCGCCUGUGUUGUUCAACUGAGUUCUCCACGCUGUUAAGUCUUCUGAGAAUGAAAGGCUUCUUUUUCUCUCCCUGUUUUUUGACAACAAUCUUCCUGCACAAUGAUUAGGAAAACAUAACGUAGUCCAUAAUCCUAAUGUUAGACAUACACAUUAUUUAAUUAGUGCAAUGCCUACUUUUUAUGUUCAAUAUUAUAUCUAUUAACAGUAAAAUGUAGUUUCGCUAGUUUUAAUACUGUCAUUGCAAUCACUCCCCUGGAGCUAGUUCAGUGAAUACACUUGAAUAGUUUCAUAAAGGGAAAGCAAGGAAAGUGUAGUCCUUACAAAUUAUAAUCAGUGUGAGCAUUUAACCAUGGUAAUAAUAUAUGUACGUGGAUGUUUUAUUAUACCUUGAUUCACCUUAUUUGACAUGAUUACUUUUUUUUAAAAUGAAUGAAAAAAGACAACAUAAUAUAUUUUUUGGAGAUUUUAUUAAGUGGGAUAUUUAAAAUAAUAAUGGUCCCAUUCAGAAAGUUAUAGUGAGUUCAAAUUCCAGUGAUAAAGUUUCUUUUACACUGCAUUUGUAAAAAAUAAUAUGUGUAUGCAUAGAAAAUAAGAUUGGCAGUCUUACAAAAGCAUGCAUGUGUAAGAAUGGAGGGCUUCUUUGUGUUGCUCAUAUGGGCACAGAGGGGUUGAAGGAUUUAUUCAUCCUUUGGCAUAUCUUCAUGUUCUUGAACUUUUCAGUCUUGCAGUGUUUUUUCCCUUGCGGUUUGAAUGAAUCCAGAAAGAUAAAGCAAUUGGACACAAAAAAAAGAAAAUGAAUGAAAAAUUUAAAUCAGAUUCUAGAAUAAUUUAAAAUGUGUAGCUUCUAUCUGUAAUCACACUAAGUCAUGAUAAUAAAGAGAAUACAAUAACUGAUUUUA